GGGAUGAGUGUGUCCAGGGUGCUGAAGACACGGGCUGCUGCUGCUGAUGCUGAUGCUGAUGCUGCUGGGGUGGAGGGUCCAAGGCAUGCUCGCCUUACAUCAGGUACAGGAUGAACAUGCUCUGCUGCAAAGACUUGAGCCUUGGAGUCACUGGGGGCAGAUACACACCAAGCCCGGUGACAACAGAUAGAGAUGUGUCCCGCUAUUGAUGAGAUCAAGGAGCAAAGGUCCAUCUGGUCCUUGACUGGUCCGAAACAAGGCAGCGAUGGCAAAGAGAGAUUACCUGGUAGAGGCGGCCAAGCAAAUCCGCAUGGCACUGGACAGCGAGGUCAAUGAGGACUAUGAGGCAGCUUUCAGUUACUAUAAGAAUGGGGUGGACUUGCUGCUGAAUGGGGUUCAAUUGGACCCAAACAAGGAUCGUAGGGAGGCAGUGAAGAGGAAGACAACCCAGUAUCUUAAGAGAGCUGAAGAAAUCUUCAUAACACAUCUACAGGACAACCUUGGGAAGGGAAGCUCUCACUUAGGGGGUUACAGCAGUCUGAGAUUUCGUCCAAUCAGACACUUGAGUUCACCUGUGGAGGACCUGGAGAUGUGUAAAGUGGUGGGAGUGACGGAUAAGGUCCUGAUUGUCCAAAGUAUGGUCAAUAAGGAGACAUUUGUUGUGAAGAGUCUGGUCAAGUCGAGCUGGGAGAGCAGGGACCGGCCAACCAUCAUUCCUCAGGGGGUGCCAUACAUGGUUAAGCUGCUAAGAUAUUACGUCAGCGAGGAUGCUGUGUACCUGCAUCUUGAGCAUGUCAAAGGUGGGAGGCUCUUCUCCAAGCUGCACAAGCUGAGGACAGAAAAGGCCAAUGAACACCCAGAAUGCUUCACUUCUGGCCAGCACAGCGUCAAGCUGAAGACCAGCUACACCUCACCCACAAUCAGCACAGACUACCAGCACAACAGCAGAGGGAGCACGGGAGUGAUUCCAGAGAAAUUAAACGAUGAAAACACAGAUACAGACUUUCCCAAUUCAUGGGACGAGACUCAGCAGCGACUGGAGAGCUGCGGGACUCACUCCUACAUUGAGGAGACGGGUUGUCUGCAGAACACGCGCUCUGCAGCGUCAUUUUAUAACAAGCUGGAUCGGCUAACUCUGCAUUCUGGCUCCACAAGGACACAGGUCAACACCUGCAUACAUCCACCAGCUCCUAGUUUGUGUUUGCACUCCAGUGAAACUCAGGAACAGCCUGCUCUUCCUCUCUCUUGCGCCCGUGUCAGUCAAGCUCUCGAUGUCAUGUCAGAACUCCAUACAAAGAAAGCUGUAAUGGGAUUGACAGAGUGCAGCUCCGAGUUUGAAGUGGCUUGGAAAGCUGCCGAUCCAGCGCAAAACGGUGAGAAAAUAAACCCCUAUGCAGUGACUGACAGUCAUUCACAUCGCACACUAGGACAAACGCCACCUCAUACAAUUCAGACCUCAUUUAUAAAAGCAGGAUCACCAAACAGUGAAAAUAAUGGUUUGAGUUCGUCCCCUGCCAUUUUGCAUCUUCCUCUGCAUUGCCAAACCCAGAUCCGUGGCAGGGCAUCAUGGGAUACCAAUGGCUCUCAACAAGUAUCUGUUUUGAGCGGUAACUCUGUAGAUAUGGUUACAGACACAAAGCAGGACAGCGGCAGUCCCACCACAGAGGAAAGAAAUGGAAUGGUAGUCAUCAGGAGCUCAGACAGAGCAGUAUUUUCUGACCACACAGACACAAGGAAAACCUCAGAAAGCUCCUGGCCUUCCCCUGCUUCCCUCUUUUCAGGUGCCCCCCUGGACAACUCAGGGGGAAAGUACAAAGAGGAAACUCUUUCUAGUGUGGCUAGAGAGGGUGUAGAGGUGGCCUGCGAAUUGAGUCCUAGAGAAACGGUGGCACCAGCAAAAGAGCGAUCUUUUGUGAGCUGGUUCUCCUCUGGCCCUCCUGAAGCUCCACCCAACAGGACAAGAGAGGACUCGGGUGCUUUCCUUAAAUCAGAUGGAUCGGAGGGUCAGGGGGAAGACCAGAUAAUAGAGGUGGAUGGCUGGUGCCAUCUGCCUCGGUUCCCUGUCAAAUCCUCCCCAGCAGAUAAGGCCAUGCAGACCUGCUGGGGGCUUCCUGAGGCUGAGGUGCGCGUCUGGGGGGCUCAGAUCCUGCUGGCCCUGGAGAGUCUUCAUCAGCAAGGCAUCCUGUGUCGAGACCUCAACCCCAGAAAUGUUCUGCUCACUAGCAACGGAAAGGUGUGUUUGACAUUUUUCGGCCAGUGGAGUGAGGUUCAGUCAGAGAUUUGCUUUAAAGCCAUGGAACAGAUGUACUGUGCUCCAGAAAUUGGUGGCGUGUCCAGGGUUACAGAGGCAUGUGAUUGGUGGAGUCUUGGGGCUUUGUUGUUUGAACUCCUAACUGGAAUGCCACUGUGGCAGCUUCAUCCAGCAGGAAUCCACUCCCACACCCAGCUGCUCAUCCCCGACCACCUGAGUACUGCAGCUGCGUCUCUGCUCACUGAGUUGCUUCAGUUUGACGCUGGCUAUCGCUUGGGCUCUGGAGGUGGAGGUGUGAGCGACAUCAAGUGUCAUCCCUUCUUCAGCAGCAUCUCCUGGAAAGCUCUGAGCUGCUAGCAGGUGUAGCUGCUGGUACCUCUGAUCCUGAUGGUCCUGCAAUGGAAGUGGAAGAAGAACAAACACCUGAAUCCAAGCAUCCUCAUGUGGCCAAAAUGGAUGCAGCACCAGAUCCUGGAUUCCUUUGCAUUUUGUGCUUCCCAAAGAAAAAAUGACGUAAUAAAAAAUAAAACAUGAACAAAACUGAACCGUGAAA